UGUUUCCUAGGCGACCCGGGAGGAAGGGCGGGCGCGCGAGCUCGCGUGCCCGCCGUUCCCCUCCUCCCUCUCCUCUCGUCGCUGCUGGUUCCGCGCGAGGCGCGCGCCGGACCGUUGGCGGAGCAGGGCUGCGCGGGUGCCGGCGUCGCGGGCAGCAGGAACAUUAUCUGAAAAAUCUGAGAAUGCAUUGACUACUUUUGCAUUAUUAUAAUGUUGGAAGACAUGAAAUAAAGCCUUGGAAAUGGAUCUACAGGAGAUAGACAUAAUCUUGGAAGGCUAGAAUUUCUGUGUAGAGCAGCUGGAAUUAGUUAAAUACUGGAACCACUGCUGAUUCGGUUGCAUCCUCCAACAUGACCAAUCCUCAGCCUACAAUAGAAGGUGGUGUUUCAGAAGUUGAGAUAAUUUCGCAACAAGUAGAAGAAGAGACCAAAAGCAUUGCUCCUGUACAGCUUGUUAAUUUUGCUUAUCGAGAUCUACCUUUAGCUGCACUUGAUCUGUCUGUGGCUGGGUCCCAGCUUUUGUCAAAUUUGGAUGAGGAGUACCAAAGAGAAGGAUCUAACUGGCUAAAACCAUGCUGUGGGAGACGAGCAGCUGUGUGGCAGGUAUUUUUGCUCAGUGCAAGUCUCAACAGUUUCCUGGUAGCCUGUGUAGUAUUGGUGAUGAUUCUUCUGACUCUGGAACUCCUAAUAGAUAUAAAGCUUCUUCAGUUUUCAAGUGCUUCACAGUUUGCAGGAAUAAUUCACUGGAUCAGCCUAGUCAUCCUGUCUGUUUUCUUUUCAGAGACUAUUUUGAGGAUUGUGGUCCUUGGCAUAUGGGAUUACAUUGAAAACAAAAUAGAGGUGUUUGAUGGUGCUGUCAUAAUCUUGUCCUUGGCACCAAUGGUGGCCUCAACAGUGGCUAAUGGCCCCAGCAGCCCAUGGGAUGCUAUCAGCCUUAUUAUCACACUGCGAAUAUGGAGAGUGAAGAGGAUCAUUGAUGCCUAUGUCCUUCCAGUGAAAGUGGAGAUGGAGAUGAUGAUUCAGCAAUAUGAGAAGGCAAAGGUUAUUCAAGAUGAGCAGCUGGAAAGACUAACCCAAAUCUGUCAAGAACAAGGGUUUGAAAUCAGACAGCUGAGAGCCCACCUUGCUCAGCAAGAUUUGGACCUGGCUGCAGAGAGAGAGGCUGCACUGCAGGUCCCACAUGUACUGAACAAACAGAGCAGCAAUCGGUACAAGGUGGUGUCGACGGAAGAUUCGGAUGACGAAGCCACCGAGAACAUCACUGAGUUGCGACCUUCACGAGAGGAUGACAUGAAUAAUUACAUCAGUCGAUACUACGCUGACCCUAGCAGUGACAGCGGCGGCCCCGCGGCCGCCCUCUGCGCCGUCACCACCGCUGCCAUCGACGUCCAUCGCCCCAACGUCUCUUCCGAGCUCUUCACGGCAGAGGUGCCGCCGCGCCUGGGCAGCACCGGGACCUCGGCCAGCCUCACCUCGGGCAGCGCCUCGCGCUCCAGCUCGGGCACCCAGGCCUGCAGCGAGAGCAGCCGGGCGCCGGGCUCCUCCCCGGACUGCAGCACAGCCUGCGAGGAGGCGGCCGGCGCCGGGCCAGGGGCCGAGCGUACCGCCCGUGCCGUGGUGCAGGAGCUGCUCUCCUCGCUCUCGGAGGAGGCCUGCCUGGCGCAGAAGGGGCUGGAUCCUGUCAACCUGAAGCUGCCCAGCCCCGCGGGCUCCCUGGGGGCCAGCCCCGACCUGGGCCACCGGCUCAACGUCUACAACCGCAGGAACCAGGAGAGCCUGGACGUCUUCCAGCGGAAGCCGCUCAUCGACUGCCCUCAGGCCACCCCCAUGAUUGAGGAGAAGUAUGGGGCCCUGGGGCCCCCCGAGCCACGGCUGGGCAGGAUGCCCGAGGCGUAGGGACAGCUGUGGGGACGCAGUGACUGUGUGGGGUCAGGGGCCGCCCCGGGGGCCGUGCUGGAGGCAGCCCCUGCCCUCACCUGCUGUGCCCACCAGCACCUCUGCCCUGCAGUGCCAGGGCUGCGCCAGCACUGGGCGAGCUGGGACCCGCAGUGUCCUCUGGGCCACCAUUGAUCUUCCACCAGUUUGAGGCACCCUGGACCCACAGCGUCACAGACAGACCAUGGCCCUGUCCUGCCACCAGCCCUGGAGCACCACGGACCUUCCACCAGUGCAGGGCCAGCAGCACCCCGGUGCCCAGGGGCAGGGCCGAGCUGCUGGACAGCUUGGGCACCGCCUGGCCCUGGUCCUGGCCCUGCCCAGGGGCCGAGCAGCUGGGAGGGGAGUGGGGAUGGGAAUAAACACUGACAAACAGA